AUGCAUUUUAGUACGGCGCUUCAAUUUGGCCUUUUGGCCCUGACAAGCCUUCCAUUGUCCCUAGCUGCGACAACCUGGGGGUUUGCUGACGCCACGCUGUCCGUUCAGCAGAAGGGUGCUGGUAUUGGAAGUGGUAUCAAGGAGAAGUUGUCCGAUAAAAGGCCACUGUCGACGCCGGUUUCGUUUGGGCACACUGGCACACUGAAGCUCCUCCUCACAGCACAAGAAGGUCGCGCCGCAAAGAAGCCCCACCAAGCUUUCCUUUUGCUCACGGAUCCCGCGUCUAAUUUGGAUAUCUCCUAUCCUUUGACAAUAAAGGAGAAUGGAAAGGCAAAAUUAGAGCUUACUCAUAAAGACCUUCCAGUCCAAUUCCUCAACUCAGAGGCCCCACUCAAUGCGAAUCUUGUAAUAGCGUCGUUUGGCUCGGCUCAGGGCUACAAUAGCCCCGUGUUCCGCCUCUCAAUCGGACGCGAUGCUGACCAACCCCUCCCAUCAUCCGAGGCCGUCCGAUACGGGAAACUUCCAGAGAUACACCAUAUAUUUAAGGCGGACCCAACCAGUCCUCCAGUAAUUAUAUCACUCGUGUUUGUGGGGGCCGUGCUCGCCACUCUUCCUGUGCUGGGUGGUUUGUGGCUAUCCCUCGGCGUGAAUCUCGAUCAUCUAUCCAUUGCACUAAAAUCCUCGCCCGUCUCUCAUAUCCUCUUUGUCGGCUCUAUCUUUAGCUUGGAAGCCGUGUUUUUCAUGUACUACACCUCGUGGAAGCUUUUCCAGACUCUUCCUGUGGCUCUGGCGGUGGGUGCCGUUGCUAUUUUUAGUGGUAGCCGCGCUUUAGGGGAGGUGCAGGAAAGACGCCUGGCCGGGGUACGAUAA